AGGCUGAACCACGGACGGAUGGAUGAUCGGGGAGUGAUUAUUUGAUAAGAAAAGAAACAAUAAAAAGCUUUAGGAAAUGCAAUUAAGGCUGGGAUUGUUUUAUCCCUAUUACAGUGUAAAAUGUGAAAUAUAUCAGUGAUUGAUUAUCCUACUACAAUGGAUAAUAUCACCGGAUUCGUAGACGACCCUGUGGCCCAAAGAUGGAACUCAUCCCUGGACAGCUUCAGUCAUAUCCCAAUAGACCAGAAUCUUAUUCUGUUGCUAGUGUCCCUGAUAUCGGCGAUGGCAUGGAUCGUUUAUAUAACUUACUACAACAGUCGCGUGCUCGGCUACAUAUUGACGAGGCUAAUAAACAAAUUUUAUUUCCAAGAUGAAAACUUCAAAAUUGGUUCCUUUACACUCAAUGCGCUAUCUGGCAAGAUUAUGUUUCGGGACAUUGUGUACAUCAACUAUGACUACACGCUUCGUAUUCAGGACGGCUACUUGAUAUUCCGGUGGUGGCGCUCGUAUGUGCCCAAAGAUGUUUCUGAAGAUUUAUCUCAUUCCGACACGCGGCUCUCUAUAAUGCUGAACGGUUUCGAACUCCACUUCUACAACAGAUGCGACCUCUACAACGAGCUCGAGAAGACCUUCGGGCUCGAGCCCGUCAUCAAGCAGCAGGACGACGGCGACUGCGCCGACCGCGACAAGGCCAUGAACGACGCCAACGAGAAGCGGCGCCGCGCGCAGGACACCGUGCGCUCCGAGGCCGCCAUGGCGCGCACCUGGCGCGACCUCAUCCCCGUCAUCAAGCUGGACGUGUGCUCCGGCCGCGUGGUGUUCGGCAACCGCCUCGUGCCCACCACGCUCUCCAUCAGCGUCGAGGAGGCGCACCUGGUCUACAGCACCAAGCCGCCCGCCUCCAGCCUCGACCACCUCAUGCACUUCGUCAAAGCGAAAGCCGAGAACUGCAAGGUCAUACUCGCGCCCAGUCCCAACUACACCGCCAUGGUCGACGAGCCCCCCAGGUACAUGGGCGAGGGUUUCGUCGUUAUGAGUUCCAAUUACAUAGAGGUCUACUUUUAUAUGGACGAGCCCGGCCUGGUCCCCGAGCGGCCGGUGCUCCUUCAGCUGGCCAACGGCGACAUCGUCGAGUCCGCCCCUCCCAUCUGGGGGGUCGACAUAAAGUGCGGGAAGGGCACCGACUUCAGCUACGGCCCGUGGGCGGACAGGCAGAGGGACCAUUUGUUCAAAUUUUUCUUCCCACCGAAUUAUAAAAACUUGGAGGUGACGCCGCAGCCGAAACCCGGCGACCGAAGACAGAUGCAGUCUUUCGAUAUACGGCUGUCGACGCUCAACGAGGCCACCAUAGAUAUUUUGUUCACAAAAAAUAAGGAGACCAACGCUGUGCACAUCAACAUCGGCGCGGGGUCGUACCUGGAGGUGACGCUGCCGUGGAUCGUGCUCCAGGACGGGUACACGACCAAGAUCACGGGCCAGCUCCUCCAUCUCGAAGCCACGACGAGUCUCCAAUACAGAAGUUUAGCUGAGAGUGAAACGCUGGAGUACACGGUCAAGUGCCACUAUCCUCUGGUGUGGAAUCACCACCAGUGCUGGCAGCUCGGCCUGACGGGGUGUAAAGCGACGGUCAAUCUUGUAUAUACCCACAUUGACUUCUUUCAAGACCUGAUCAACGACUGGGCCAGCAAGGCGCGCCCGGAUAUCCUCCACUUUGUUCCUUACACAUGGAAAAUUUCCCUUUUGUUGAAAGAGUGCGAAGUUGUGACUGUGAGCAAUCAGUACAACUGGAUAGACUGCAGUUCUACCAACCAAGAGAACAAUCACGUGGCGUUCUGUGGCGACCUACUGGACGUGUCGUUUGAUUUGCCAUUUAUCGAUUUCUUGCCUGAUGUGAUACCCCUAAAGAUAUGGAUACAAGGCGAAGCCGUCGAUAUGAGCCUGUACUUGCCAGAAGUGAACACGUCCAGAUUGCUUUUGCUGUCUAUCGACAAAAAUAUGAAAUUGGUACCGUGCAGAUUAAAAGCGUCGAAGUGGCGAAGAAAAUGCGUUAAAUCUCAGGGCUGGGUGGACUGUUGGUCCGUGCCUAUCGUGGCUUUGAGCGUUCGGUACAAUUACCACCCGAUUCCACCUCUUGGCCCCGAGCCUCAGGCUGAUAUCACGACUCCAGAGAAAGAAGAGAUUCUCUUAUCCCCCAUGAGGAUACCAAGAAUGAGGAAACAACCUCAAAUAAGUUGGCCUUUAGAUGGCAACAAAUUCGACAGAACAUCUCUUCCCCCCGACAAAGUGAGUGUCGAGCUUGAAGUGGGACCAUCCAUAUUGCUAGCGUAUGGAACCAUCAUUACAAGUUUCAUGAACUUACUUGAAAACAUAUUUGGAGAGGAUCAAACUUUCACAGACAUGCAGAAGUCGCCCAAUACGGACACAUUUCACUGGUCCAAUGAGCAUACUACUAAAGUGAACGACAAAAGUAGUAUCAAUCAAAAUGCAGACAUAUCAUUUGAUGACUCCACAGACGAAAACAAGGGUCCAUUCGAUCCAAGGAAGUGUAGGCCUUUAGAUGUGACAGUGUCGAUAAUAAUUCACGACAUUCAAGCACACUUAGUAAAAAAUUGUAGCGAGAACGAACCUCCGUGUCCCGUGAUUUUAAUCGAAAGAUUUGGAUUUGAGAUGGACAAAAGCUUUAGAGAGACAAAAUUGCAAUUAUUGUUGAGCCCUUCGAUAUUGGUGUCAGCGAAUAAUUUGUCCAGGACGAAUCCCGUCAAUUCCGGGGCGCUCUACCAGGGACACCUGAUGCUGUCCUCAUUCCAACUGCGGGGCAACGGAUUCUUCAGCGAUGCCAAUCGGUCAGUCGAAGAAGACACCGUCGAAUAUGCCUGGAUGAUGGAACUUCAGCUGGGUCAACUAACAGGUCGUUUGACACUACCUCAACUAUAUCAAAUAAUUUCUUCAUUAGAAACGUUUUUGCUUCUAAUAUGUGAUAGCGAAAAUGAGCUGAUUCCGCCGAACCCUGUCAAGCACUGUCAUCACGGUUUCAACACAGUCAUGUGUCCCGAGACUGACGGGAUAUUGAAGUAUCGAUGCCCUACUCCAAACGAAAUCAAAUACAAGAUGAUUCGAGUGGCGAUUGAUUUAAUCGAUAUCUAUAUCGCCGAUUCGAACACCACAUUCCAGACGUGGCUUUCCCCGGUUAGACUGAGUUAUUGUAACCUUCACGGUUCUGGUUUCGGAACUGGUGUUACGGGGCUAUUGCCAAACAUAAAACUAGCUCUCUACACGCAAACUAAUCUGCAAACUAACGCCCAUCACCACUCCAAUGGCAGCAACAGCAGCCAAAACAAACCGCCCGAUGGAGAAAACUGGGUAGGCGUAGGCUCUGCCUCGCUCGGUCCACUGUUGAUUGAAGCUGCAUCGUCAUUGCCCCAGAGCCCCAAAAACAUCCAUUUAGUACAGCAAAAGUUUCUUAAACUUCACGAUGAUAAAACGAAACGGCUAUGGUUCCUGUGGCCCAACGAAGGGAAAUCGUCGCAGUGCGGCUGUACAGGGGGCUGCGCUUUCUUCGGUUCCAAUCGAAAUGGGCCUAACUUCUUAAAGCCGAGUCCUGCUGAUCUCAACGAGGGCAUCAACAUCGCUAUGUUCAAUGUUAUUGAAACCACCCCCGGAGAGUAUGGAUAUGGCCAAAGCCUAUUACACCCAGGACAGCUCGUAUUUCAUACGCCGCCCUAUAAUAGUCUAAAUGUCUGCCUGCAACCUACCAAUGUUGCAACUUUGAUUCCGUCGCCUUUACCUCAGACCUUAAACAAAUCGCCGCAAAGCGUGGAACGGCGAAGUUUGACACGAAGAUUUUCUUACACAAGCAUGGGUAAAGGUAGCACCAAUAUUCUAGUUUCUAGUACAAAGAGCGACGUGCCGUACGCUCGCCUCGUAGACUCCUCAGUGCCCCUGGGCAGUACCAAAAUUGAUAGCGACUCAAAGCUAAACAAGACUAUACUGAAUGUGCCUCAAAUGGAGAGCAGCGUCUCGGACUCCAAGCUGGCACUGAACUGUGUCGUGAAAGACAAUUCGAAUGUGACGUCCAAGAAACCGCACCAGACUGAAAUUGACGCCUUCGCGGUACCCAAGGUGCCCGCUCGCAGCGUGGGAGUAUCAGAAUCCCACUACUCUCUCAAUUCACAAGUGCCUCACGAUGACUCCCUGCAGCAGGAAGUGCAACGAACAAUGUCAAUUACUAGUGAAAAUCAUUCGGAAGCCUUCUUCUCUGCAGACGAGGACAUGUUCCCGAGUCGAUCGUCAAGCUUGAAGCAUUCCUUCGGCAGUCGUCACAGCAAUCCCAAAGAUAAAAGCUCCUUCGGCAUUAAUGACAUCACUAAUGAGAAAUGGACCAACUCGAUGCCCAGGUCUGAAGUCGGAGAUGGGCCUGCGGACACCAUAAGCAACUUGAGCACCGGCGCCCAGCCAGACUCCGAGAGUGGGUCGGUAUCGUCGACUUCGUUCAUCUCGGCAAUUUCCUCACAGGAGGACAUGACUUUAGUGAACCUGCACAUGCAAACUAACAAGCCUAUCGUGGAUUCUCCACUGCUCAUGGCAAGCUACAUGCAGAACUUGCCGCAGUACAAAUGUUCCAACUGGAACACCUGCUCGCUCCCCAGUGGCAGCGACGUAUUCACGUUGCCUCUGUUCAAGAGAGCCGACGACGGGACUCUUGUAUACGUUGGACAGAAAUACCUACCCAGUUUCGAGCAAGUCGGCAAGAUUAACAUCUUGAAGUUGAUUGCGAAAAAAGAAGGCCACAACAGUCAGAACCAGCACGGGCCGUACUCGAACUUGACGCCGCAUUUCAACAACCAAGUCAAAGCCCAUCCGUACCCACAGGGCUGGUGGGACGUUCAACAAAACGUCCAGGACAACCAAGAGAACACCACCGACAAGAGCACGACGUCGACAGCUACCACCACGAGCGACAGCAAAAACGGUUUGUUCGUGAAGUUAAAAGGAGAAAUCGAUAUUAUGUUGACGCCAUUAGUACUGGAAAGCACCCAGAAGUUUGUUGAAUCACUGACACCCGUCUUAGCGAAUAUUCAUCCGAUUACUGUCAUUAACCAUUUACGUCUUCUAUGUAUUUCGUCCGUUGAAAGUGGUAACAUUUUAAAACAGAAGCAAUACGUCCAAAACUGGCUGCCGCAGAUGCAGGCCCGGAACCAAUCGAAUGUGGUUUUCGAUAAAGAUGACAAAUGCAAGCUGGCGACCAUACCACACACGAACGUUUACGAAGAGACGAUCUGCGAACAGCUCCAGGCGACGGUGACCGUGCCCAAGGUCAACAUGGUCUUCAUCCAGUCGUCCGUUGUAGAAGAUAUGAUAUCGUUUUCGGCUUUGGAUAACAUCCAAGACUUGACAUGCGUGUCGUUGUUUGGCGUGUCUGUUGAGAAUAUAAUAGCCAAGUAUGUCAGUUCCAAGAAGACACUGGAGUCGGUGCAGUUGUAUUACAGACCUACUUUAAGAGCUUUGGGCAGCAAGAAAAGCUUUGGCAUUAUGAAGGGCCCCAGAUCGUUGAUAUCUGCGCAGUCCUCGGGCUCGGGCAGAAAGAGAGGCCCUGAAAAGGGUGAACCGGUUCUCAUCGAGACUUCACAGCAGCAAUGCGAAGAUACUACUAUCACAUUGAAUGUUGGAAAAGUUCACGGUCAACUGCGUAGGAUCCGCAACGAAUCGUCGCAGCUCAAGGACGCGACUAUCACGGGCAUCCCGUGCCAACAUUCCAAAGUGUGCUUCAAGUUCAUCAGAGUUGAUUCAUGUGCUAAAGGCUGCGAGUCUAUGUGCUGUCAAAAUGGAGGAACAGACACCCAGAAGGAGAACGCAAUCGGCUACAUCAUGUUCGAAUGUGGACUGGAAGGAACAUCCAUCAAAGUGUCCAAACACUCCCAGUCUCACAAACCCAACGAGGAGAAAAAACCUCCGCGAAACGACAACGAAAGCUGCCGCGAGUCCGUGAAAUCGGCCGAGGAGUUGAAACCUGACAAGGAGAAGACUACCAAAGGGCGGACUUCAGGAAUCGAGGAUCUGUUUAGGAAGAGAGAAUCGACCUCGAAGCCGAGCACGCCCAAUUUGGGGACGGCUCAACCGCCGCCCGUGCCGCCUGAGCCGUCCACGCCCGGACCCGACGAGCCGUCGAAUAAUGACAGCACCACUACCAUGGUGCCGGUCAAAGACAACGGGAACACGUCAUCGUGUGCUAUCGAUUUGAAAGUGGUUUGGUUCAACUUCGCGGCGCCGCCUCGGACGCCGAUCACAAAGAAGAUCGAUUAUACCAGACUGGACUGGAACCUGCUGAGCACGGCGUCACCAGCCAUCAACGCGUGGAUGAACCCGUGCAACCGGCUCGGCAUCCGCGUCGUGUCGCUGUACCGCGCCCACGCGCGCCGCCUCACCGCCACCGCCGCCAGCCUCAUGGCGGCCGCGCUUGACCUCGCGCCACACCAUACGCCGCCCAAGAGUCGCUACGGCCGCCACACGCCGAUGGCGAAGCAGCUUCGCGAGGAACCGUCGCUGCAGCUGUGCGGCGUGCUGCUGCGGCACGCGCUGCAGGCCGACGCCGCCGCGGUGCAGGCCGACCUCGCCGACCGGCACCUGCCCUCGCUGUCCACGCUGCGCCAGGGCGUGAUCGUGCUAAGCCGGCAGUGGAAGAACAUCCUGUACACGCCGCUGCUGCUGGAGCACAACUACAAGAGCAAGGUCAUGAAGCCGCUUAACGUCACCUUCGCGCUGCCCGACCUGCUCGAGGACUCCGUCGAGGGCUGGCAGGAGUAUCCCUUGGACAACGAGGCACUGGAUGAGAACUGUCUCCUUCUGAACAUGGACUCAGAUAAGAUUAACAUCCCCGCGCCGGCGCCGGCCGCGGCCUCCCCGCGCCCGCACUCCUUCCCCUCCACGCCGCCGUCCGACUACGGCACGCUGAAGGAGGACCUGCCGACGGUGGGCUCGAACCCGUCGCUGUACUCGCCGCACGACAGCGACGAGAACCUCCGCAGCGACCGCGCCAGAGAAGACCUUUACCAGUGGAUGGCUAAGCAAGAGCCGAUCAAAGUGGAGCCAAAGAGCAAGAAGCCGAUCAUCCCGCCGUCCCGCAUGAACCCGCGGCCCGCGUCCAUGCCGGCGUGCAGCCUGUACCCGCUGCAGGGCUCGCUCAUGCUGCUGGACGCGCACCUCGUGUUCCAGCCCUUCCUGGCCGCGCUGGGCGUGUCUCCCAACCAGAUCACGCAAGGCGAGUCAAAGAAGAGCGGCGGCGAAGGCGGGUCGGGCUCGAGCGCGGCGGCGCCGGCGCUGGAGUCGCUGGGCUCGAUGCUGUCGCUGCUGGCGUGGGUGGACACCUUCCGCAUCGACAUCGUCGUCAGCGACCUCGCCGCGCGCGACCGCCGCCACCCGCAGCAGAAGGGCAAGGGCAACCCAUCAUACAUUGACAUCCCGUCCGAGACGCCAGCGUUCCUCUGCGAGAAGGUGUCGAUCGACGUGGAUUUGAAGAAGGUGGCGGACAUGGCGGUGGACGACCUCAUCCAGCGGCAGAACGUUCUGUACAUCUCGCGCGGCCAGCUCAAGAAGCACAUCAGCACCGUUAUCAACUUCAACAUCAGCGUGCGGUUCAUCUCGCAGCAGGUGAACAUGCCUCUGCUGCGGCUGCUGCACCAGAUCAGCAACAUGUACCAGAACGUGAAGGACGCGCAGACAGAGCUGCGCUCGCAGACCAAGAGCCAGCACCGCCAGGACAAGCACACCUCCUCCUCGGUUUCAGACUUCAGAGAGAACCUAGUCAGCGUAACGUCUCUCGACAAGGAGUCCCAGUACAGCGCCUUGGACCCAAAAUGGGAGGUGGUCCAGCCGGCCCUCAGCACGGACUUAGGCCCGGUGACGCCGUCGCUCAGUCACCACAAGCUGAGCGUAGCGCAUGUAGGAGCGAGCCACGCGCAGGCCCGGCCGCGACCGCAGUCCUUUGCGCAGAAGUUAAGGUCUACGGGCAAGAGUGUCAAGGGGAAGCUGGGCUACAGCUCGCUGAACGAAGGCGCGCACACGCCGAUGUUCGCGGGCGCCGGCGCGUCGCCCGCACCGCCCACGCCGGCGCCCGACGGCAAGCUGGCGCCGCGCUGCUGGCGCACCGUGUACCUGCUGCUCGACCUCUACGCCAACAUGCCCGACGCCGAGACCAUCACGCACAGAUUCUCUGUGUCCCGAGAACUACCCGAGUCGUGCCGAGGCCGCGGAAGGCCGAGCUCCAGGGAACAGAAUGCCAGCAACUCGUCUUCGAGCGCGCAGCAUCCUUCGCUGGCAUUGGUUCUUGUUGGACGCGCCAGAAUCCACCGUACCCGACUGCUGGCUUCGCUAUCCGGGCUGAAGCUUGAAGCAGAGAUCACGUCGCUGCAGGCGUCGCUGUCGGCGUCGCGCUCGCGCCAGUGGUCGCUCACCGGCAACCUCGGCCGCACCACCAUCGUGCUGCUGGAGGGCCGCGCGCCCAACCACCAGACCGUAGUCCGUGUGAACGUGGGCAAGUCCCAGGCGCUAUACUCGUGGGAGGCGGGGCGGCCGGGCGCGGCGGCGCUGGCGUCGAUCGGCGGUGUUCGUGUAGACUUGCCGCAGCAUCCCGUGGCGCUGCACGGCGUCAUGACGCGCUCCAGCCGCCAGCUGUCCUCGACUCUACAGCACAGGACCGUAGUCCGCGUGAACGUGGGCAAGUCCCAGGCGCAUUACUCGUGGGAGGCGGGGCGGCCUGGCGCGGCGGCGCUGGCGUCGAUCGGCGGUGUUCGUGUGGACUUGCCGCAGCAUCCAGUGGCGCUGCACGGCGUCAUGACGCGCUCCAGCCGCCAGCUGUCCUCGACUCUACAGGAACUCGGCGUGACCCGCACGUCGUCCCGCCUGUCGCGCGGCAGCGAGGCGGCGCCGGCGGCGGGUCCGGCGGGCGGUGGCGAGGACGAGGAGGCGCCGCGCGUGCCGCCGCCGCGACCGCCGCCGCCGCGCACCGCUGCCGACCCGCUGCUGCAUCCGCUGCAUCUGCAGUUCUCCAUCGUGCUGCAGAGCCUCAGCAUAACGGCGGCAUUACUACCGUCCUUACAAGCGCAGUACAAGAUGGAGCACGUGCACAGCUCGGGAGUGACGGGCACCAAGGCGCACUUCACCGUCGACCUGCCGCAGCACUCGCUCAGCUUCGUCACCAAGCUGCAGUACAAGAUGGAGCACGUGCACAGCUCAGGAGUGACGGGCACCAAGGCGCACUUCACCGUCGACCUGCCGCAGCACUCGCUCAGCUUCGUCACCAAGCUGCAGAUAACGGCGGCGCUGCUGCCGUCCCUACAAGCGCAGUACAAGAUGGAGCACGUGCACAGCUCAGGAGUCACGGGCACCAAGGCGCACUUCACCGUCGACCUGCCGCAGCACUCGCUCAGCUUCGUCACCAAGCUGCAGAUGACCGAGGCCAAGCUCCCAGCGGCCGCAUCGGUGGCGCUCCCCGGCGUUCAAGUGCGGGCUCGCGUGGCUGAACACGCCGGAGCUUCUACCACGGGCCCCGCGGGCCCUGCUGCCGCCCCGGCGGGCCCCAGUACUGGCACCGCGGGCCCCGGCGACGCGGAAGGCGUGGUGUUACGAGCCGGCCGCUACUUGGCCGCGACAGCUGACAUCGGCCUAUUUGAGCAUACGUUAUCAACCGACCUGCUCAACCAUCUCGUCUUUGUGCAGAAAGUUUUCAUGAAGGAAGUAAAUGAAGUCGUCCAAAAAGUAUACGGAGGUGAGAAACCGGUCCCGCUAUGGAACGAGGAGGAGGCGUCUACCUCUGCCCUCAGCCGGAUUUUAUUCUCACUUAUCAUUAGGAUAAAGCGCAUCCAACUAACCGCCACAACACCAAGUAACAGCGCCGUGCGGCUAGAAACGGGCGCAGUGGAGUUCGAGUUGUCCAAUCGGGUACAAAAUGUACCCCAGCCCGCUGAACCCCAUGGAUUACGAUUGUUUGCGAGGGCACAGGUGGACGUCAAUCUCAGUCUUGGCCAAUUGAUUCGCAAUGCUAUGUUUGAUGAGGCGGAACCGGAGUUUCAACAAUACGCCUUCUUCAACACCAGAAUUGCCAUGCGUAAUGCCUUCCAAGACGAGAUGGUAGCCGGAGAAGACAAGGAAGUGGUUUUGAUAAACCUGAAGCGGCCGCUGAUAUACAUCCAGCCCGUGGCCAUCGACAAGGCCAUUCUGGUGUGGCUCAACUACAAGAACGCUUAUGAAUACUGGAACGAAAAGAGAUUAAACUUGAACAAGGAAGUACUAACCGCAACGCAGCAGGUCUUUGAGAAGGUCCAAUUGACAUCUCAAAUAACGACGCCGCACCUCAGCACGCUGUUCCUGCAGUUGAACGUCGAUGACAUUGGCAUCUGCUUACCUUUGAACCAGCCGCCAAUGGCGUCGUGGGGCGGCGGCGGUCGCGGCUACGAGGCGGAAGGCCGCGGCGCGGUGGUGGUGACACUAGAAAGCACCAGCGUGGGCGCCGUCAGCUCAGGAGCGCUGGUCAGCAAGGGCCGCUUCGUGGGGCUGUGCCUGCGCUUCGCCGACGACUUCGAGGCCUCGCUCGACGACUGGAAGCCCGACCCCGACGAGGCGUGCAUCAACGUGUGCAGCGUCUCUGAGGGCACAUACGAGGUGUGCAGCCGGACAGCUGCUGCCAAAAGGAAUGAAAAUGCGAAAUGGUUCCUGAACGUUUCGUGGCAAAUGGAGGGAGUGGACAUACACUUGGACGUGAACGUCGGCAAGCAACUGUCGGCGCUCGGCCACACGCUCACCAUGCUUACAGGUUUCGAAGAAGAAGACCCCUUGAAAAUGGACUACGAAAGCGAUUUCGAUGAUGAAGCGGACAACAGUAAAGAUUCACAAGAAAGCAUAGUCCUCCGUCGCAAGUACACGGACCACCUGCCAGCGUUUGUGUUCGACACUAGCCUCGACGCCAAAAAGCGCUCCAAACUCAUCGAGAAGGAGAUGAACGAGCAAGCCAAGAUCAUCAACGACCUGCGGACGCUGGGCGCCUCCCACUCUACCAUAGAGUACGAAAUGAAGAGGCUGCAUGAUUUGGAGGCGCUGGUGUUCAAAGAUUUCAGGCGAGAUAUGAUCCAGAAGCUGCGUCGUCAAAGCGUGCGCGCGUCGUCGAUCACGAAGGGGAAGCUGGGGUUAGGUGGGCGCGUGCGCACGCUGCCGCCGCCCGAAGCGCCUGACUCGCCCCGCUCGCCUCUCUCGCCUCUCUCACCACGACGCGCUGAGCCGCGGGACUCCCCCGACCGAAGACAUUUUGACAAUGGCCUGGAGCCUAGCCUCGGGCUUCUGGGUUGUGCGGGUGACUCGGGCGAGACACUGCUACUCGCUGACGACGACACGCGCCUCGCCGACAUCAUCGAAGGCGGCAGCUGGAGCUCCAUGGAGAGCGAGCCGCUCAACGACCAGACUAUAGUGAUUCUCACGGGCCCUGGUUUGAUACUGCAGGCGUCGUGGGGCGGCGGCGGGCGCGGCUACGAGGCGGAAGGCCGCGGCGCGGUGGUGGUGACGCUAGAAAGCACCAGCGUGGGCGCCGUCAGCUCAGGAGCGCUGGUCAGCAAGGGCCGCUUCGUGGGGCUGUGCCUGCGCUUCGCCGACGACUUCGAGGCCUCGCUCGACGACUGGAAGCCCGACCCCGACGAGGCGUGCAUCAACGUGUGCAGCGUCUCCGAGGGCACAUACGAGGUCUGCAGCCGGACUGCUGCCGCCAAGAGGAACGAAAAUGCGAAAUGGUUCUUGAACGUUUCGUGGCAAAUGGAGGGAGUGGACAUUCACUUGGACGUGAACGUCGGCAAGCAACUGUCGGCGCUCGGCCACACGCUCACCAUGCUCACAGGUUUCGAAGAAGAAGACCCCUUGAAAAUGGACUACGAAAGCGAUUUCGAUGAUGAAGCGGACAACAGUAAAGAUUCACAAGAAAGCAUAGUCCUCCGUCGCAAGUACACGGACCACCUGCCAGCGUUUGUGUUCGACACUAGCCUCGACGCCAAAAAGCGCUCCAAACUCAUCGAGAAGGAGAUGAACGAGCAAGCCAAGAUCAUCAACGACCUGCGGACGCUGGGCGCCUCCCACUCCACCAUAGAGUACGAGAUGAAGAGGCUGCAUGAUUUGGAGGCGCUGGUGUUCAAGGACUUCAGGAGGGAUAUGAUCCAAAAGCUGCGUCGUCAAAGCGUGCGCGCGUCAUCGAUCACGAAGGGGAAGCUGGGGUUAGGUGGGCGCGUGCGCACGCUGCCGCCGCCUGAAGCGCCUGACUCGCCCCGCUCGCCCCUCUCACCGCUCUCACCGCGCCGCGCUGAGCCGCGGGACUCGCCUGACCGACGACAUUUUGACAAUGGCUUGGAACCUAGCCUUGGACUUCUGGGCUGCGCGGGUGACUCGGGCGAGACGCUGCUACUCGCUGACGACGACACUCGCCUGGCUGACAUCAUCGAAGGCGGCAGCUGGAGCUCCAUGGAGAGCGAGCCGCUCAACGGCGUGCAAAUCGCCAUCGACGGUGCGAUCACGGUGCGAUCAAAGGCCAAUGACAGCUUGCCAUCAUCGGAGGGACAGAGUUCAGAGGGCAAACAGAAUAAGUCAAAGACAGCUGAACCCAACAUUGACUUCGAGUUGGACGUCAAAGUGCAUAUCAACAGUGGGAAGUGCGUUUUGCACACAAAGGAGCCUUCGCGGGAAGAUAUGAACAUCUUGCCAUCAUCGGAGGGACAGAGUUCAGAGGGCAAACAGAAUAAGUCAAAGACGGCGGAACCAAAUAUUGAUUUCGAAUUGGACGUCAAAGUGCAUAUCAACAGUGGAAAGUGUGUUUUGCACACAAAGGAGCCUUCGCGGGAAGAUAUGAACAUCAGCGGAUCCCGCAUGCGCGUGGGCCGCUCGGCGUCCGGCGGGCUGUCGGAACCGGCGGCGGCGGCGGGCGCGACUUCCGGCGGGGCGGCGGGUGGUUCGCCGCCGGGCGCACGCCGGAAAGCGCCGCAGCACGUGCCGCGACACCAGCCCAGCCUUGAUCUCACUGUGUUCCGCAUGCCUGGGUUGGAUCUCAAGGUUCACUACGAAUCCAAGACCCUCCCCGAGGAAGCCACGUCGCCCCAAAUAAGCGGAGUUCCACGCAAGGUUGCCACUAAGAAGGCGGCACUGUUCGCCUGGAUCACGCUGCAGAGCAUCCCCGAGGAAACCAUCAUCAGCCCGCACAUCCUGGAGUUCCUGGAGCAGACCCUCGAGCCGAUACCCACCAAGUCGUUUUCGACGCCUACCCCCGAAGCGGAGAGCGGGUCGCGCUCGCGGUCGGCGGAGGGCGCGUCGUACGGGCAGUACGUGUACGCGUCGUUCCCGGUCGACGUCAUCGUGCACUUCCACAUGCAGCCGUCCACCUUCCGCUUCUCCUGCCUGCCCGCGUCGCGCGUCGAGUGCCUGCUGCAGCUGCCCAGCCUGCAGAUCGUGUUCAGCUCCAAGCGAGCCGGCGACGAGUCAACUGCAAUAAUCGCGCGGUUGCUGGAAGCGGAGAGCGGGUCGCGCUCGCGGUCGGCGGAGGGCGCGUCGUACGGGCAGUACGUGUACGCGUCGUUCCCCGUGGACGUCAUCGUGCACUUCCACAUGCAGCCGUCCACCUUCCGCUUCUCCUGCCUGCCCGCGUCGCGCGUCGAGUGCCUGCUGCAGCUGCCCAGCCUGCAGAUCGUGUUCAGCUCCAAGCGCGCCGGCGACGAGGAAAUGUCAGAACCAGCUGUCGCAAUGGGCGGUCUAUCCGUGACCGGCUGCUUGGCCGACUUCUCCGUGUACGUGUUCCACCCGUACGGCGGCAAGAAGUCCAGCCUGAAGGAGGCGCAGUGGUCGCCGCUGUCCGACUCAGAACGAAAAGACUCGCUCAGUAUCAAUGUGGAGUUUGUCAAGUUCCACCUGUCGCGGUCGAGGAAGCUAGACUUUCACUCCGAUCAGGACCAGUCGAAGGCUACUGUGAGGUUUUCGACGAUCGUGGACGUGGGCUCGGCGUGGUUCAAGUACGACAUGCGGCGGCUGAGCGAGAUCCUGGCGUUCCCGAAGGCGUGGUACCGCCGCACCAUCGUGCGCCGCAUGUUCCUCGGAGACCUCAGCGUCAACAACCAGCAGCCCACGCCCAGCACAAGUGCCAAUGUGCCCGUAUCGCCGGUGUUGCCCCAGAGAGAGAAAACAAAGACUGUAGAUUCACAAAAACCCAAAGCCGACAGCAGGGCGGCGGCGGGGGCGGGCGCGGGCGCGGGUGCGCCGCCGUCGUGGGAGACGCUGGUGCUGUUCGCCGUCAACUUCACGCGCCUCAAUGUGCACAUGAACAUGGGCAACGUCAUGGGCAACGUCAGGNGGAAGAUGGCCGAUCUCCAAGUCGGCGACGAGCGCCUCCUGGUCCCGCUCGUUGAGUUCCAGCUUGAGCUCCGAUAUCGUCCGCUCCAUCUGCGUGAGUGUCUCCGACCCGGGCGCCGAGCUGAUCGACGCCUGACGGGACUCCACGGCCUCGAGUCUUCGCUCGAUGUCACCCAGGCGUUCGUCGUGAGCGUCGACUCUGUGCUCGCACAGGAAAUGUCAGAACCAGCUGUCGCAAUGGGCGGUCUAUCCGUCACCGGCUGCUUGGCCGAUUUCUCCGUGUACGUGUUCCACCCGUACGGCGGCAAGAAGUCCAGCCUGAAGGAGGCGCAGUGGUCGCCGCUGUCCGACUCCGAACGCAAAGACUCGCUCAGUAUCAACGUAGAGUUCGUCAAGUUCCAUCUGUCGCGGUCCAGGAAGCUAGACUUCCAUUCGGAUCAGGACCAGUCGAAGGCUACUGUGCGGUUUUCGACGAUCGUGGACGUAGGCUCGGCGUGGUUCAAGUACGACAUGCGGCGGCUGAGCGAGAUCCUGGCGUUCCCGAAGGCGUGGUACCGCCGCACCAUCGUGCGCCGCAUGUUCCUCGGAGACCUCAGCGUCAACAACCAGCAGCCCACGCCCAGCACAAGCGCCAAUGUGCCCGUAUCGCCGGUGUUGCCCCAGAGAGAGAAAACUAAGACUGUAGAUUCACAAAAACCCAAAGCCGACAGCCGGGCGGCGGCAGGCGCGGGCGCGGGCGCGGGUGCGCCGCCGUCGUGGGAGACGCUGGUGCUGUUCGCCGUCAACUUCACGCGCCUCAAUGUGCACAUGAACAUGGGCAACGUCAUGGGCAACGUCAGCUGGCAGAGCCGCGACUUCCGCUGCUCCGGGCGGCUCAGCAUCGGCAGCAGCGGGCGCCGCAACAUGCUGCUGGGCGUGGCGCUGGCCGGCUCGGCGCUGGACGCGCGCGGCGGCAUCGUGGGCGGCGCCAUCACGCUCGCGCACAUCGACACCUACGUGCACAUCGAGGAGGAGCCGGGCUGCAGCCCGGGACACGUGUGCGGCGUGCGGCUGGCGGCGCUGGAGCUGCGGCUGGAGUACAUGGGCACGCCCGUGCUGCUGGCGCGCGUGUCGGCGCUGCGGGCCGCGCUGCGCGACCACUGGCACGAGCGGCCACCCGCGCUCAAGUACGCUCGCCUUCUCACUCGCUUCCUACGUCUGCCCGUGCGGCCGGCGGCGCUGGAGCUGCGGCUGGAGUACAUGGGCACGCCCGUGCUGCUGGCGCGCGUGUCGGCGCUGCGGGCCGCGCUGCGCGACCACUGGCACGAGCGGCCACCCGCGCUCAAGCCAGCGAUCAUCCUAACCCACGGCACGCUGAGCUGGCAGCAGCUGCAGAUCGUGAUGAGCCGCAGCACCACGCCGGACCUGCUGAAGAUGCAGCUGAAGCUCGAGGAGUUCUUCACGCAGCAGUUCAAGUCCAGCAAGCGCGUGUUCAGCUCCCUGCACCCUAACUACACCAGGACUAGGCGUGAGCCUCAACCACCGACACUGACCACGGCCGCCGCUCCCGGGACCGGCGCCGGCGCCGAGCCCGCGCCGCAAGCGGAGCUACGUCACCACCGGCACUGGCAGCGCGUCCUGCAACUGGUGUCCGGCAUGCAUCCCUCCACGCUGCCGGCGCCGCUGCCCGCCACCGGCACGGUGCUGGGCGGCACGAUGGAGUUGCACGGCACCAACGUGUCGCUGGCGUGCUUCCACGGCAACAGCUUCAAGGCCAAGUCCUGGGCGCUGUUCAGCCUCAAGGACCCCUGCAUCAGCUUCGCUACGGAAGCGCAGCAGAUUGCGGACGAGGAAGGUGAACUGGACGUGCACGUGGUGCAGAGCCUGACGGCGAGCCUGGGGUCGGGCGGCGGCGGCGCGGGCGGCCACCAGUCCAUGGCCACGGUGUGCCGCAUGACGCGCGCGCUGCUGUUCCCGCCGCAGUUCAAGACGCUGCGCGAGUGGUUCCAUUACGCCUUCGCCAACAGCGAGAUUGACGCAAUUGAGCUGUUCCCAUCGCUGGAGCGCGAAACCGGCGGCGGUGGCGGCGGCGGCGGCUCCGGCAGCGUGGAGCGUGAUCGCGAGCGCGAUCGCGAGCGGGAGCGCGAGCGCAAGCCGGGCGGCGACGCGCACGUGCGCGAGGUGAUCUUCGCGCUGCCCGCGCUGCAGCUGCACCUGCGCACGCAGCACCUGCAGCGCCCGCGCCCGCCCAGCGAGCACGGCGACGCGCACGUGCGCGAGGUGAUCUUCGCGCUGCCCGCGCUGCAGCUGCACCUGCGCACGCAGCACCUGCAGCGCCCGCGCCCGCCCAGCGAGCACGACGAGAAGCCGGUAGUGGAAUGCAGCUUCAUAACGGAGUUCGAAGACCACAUCUUCGUGUCGGUGGACGCCGAGGCGUUCCUGUUCCUCCACGAUCUCAUAUCUUCAUACAUCAAGGAGAAGGAUAGACUGAUGCCGGGCGGCGCGCGCGCGGCUUGGGGCGAGAACGCGGCGCGACGCGCGGAGGGCCCGCCGCAGGACUACCGCGACUACCGCUGCGUCACCUGGCACCUCGAGCCCACCGUGCGGUUGCUCUCGUGGGCGGGCAAGUCCAUCGAGCCGUACGGCGUGGACUACAUCCUGCAGAAGCUGGGCUUCCGGCACGCGCGCACCACCAUCCCCAAGUGGCUACAACGCGGCGCGCUCGAUCCGCUCGACACGUUGCUCGCGCUCGCGCUGCGACGCCUCGUCGCGCUCGUGCCCAGCAAGUGAUAACAAUGUAUUCCGUUAGCGUGUAACGCGCGCACCACCAUCCCCAAGUGGCUACAACGCGGCGCGCUCGAUCCGCUCGACACGUUGCUCGCGCUGGCGCUGCGCCGCCUCGUCGCGCUCGUGCCCAGCAAGUGAUAACUGCACCACCUGCCCAGCAUGCCCAGCAAGUGAUAACAAGUAUGGACUUUCAAUACUCAGUGUAUUCCGUUAGCGUGUAACGCGCGCACCACCAUCCCCAAGUGGCUACAACGCGGCGCGCUCGAUCCGCUCGACACGUUGCUCGCGCUGGCGCUGCGACGCCUCGUCGCGCUCGUGCCCAGCAAGUGAUAACAAGUAUGGACUUUCAAUACUCGGAGAUGUAGUCUAGUGUGUGUUGCAACCAUAAAGUUAACAUUCCUUCGGAAUAGAGCAACAACCACGAGCUGUCAAACGAAAUCGAUUCAGGAUUGAUGACACUGGAUGUCAUUGGUGUGUCAGCGGUCAGAAUUAUUUCACUGUUGUAACAAAUCAAUCACUGAACCCGUCACCACGUUUCUCAAGCACUAUUUCUCAUAAACAUCCACCAUUUCACUCACGUAAAAUCUUAAAAAAUCAGAGCUCAUAUUUUUAGCGUGCCAAUGAACUGCCAAAUAGUUGCAAAACGGCGACGGCAUCACACAUCUCUUUUUAUCACACAGUGUUGCUGCUGGUGACAUCUCGCUCGCUCAGUUCUUUGUUGCUCUAUUCCAAAGGAAUAUUAACUUUAUAGUUGAAACCGAGCAAUACGUUGCGUUUAAGGCGAACAGCUAUGACACCAUAUUCUAGAUAUUCUCAUGAUCUGUGCUCUCCGUAAAACCCCUUGUGACUGCUGCACGACGUAAGCGCAACGUUCGGUAGUCUGACCUUUCACGACACGACGAAAGUCAUAUAAAUUCGUGCUCGUUCACUCUGGCUGUAACUUUAACACGUGCGCGUAUACAUACAUACCUUUACAACUUGUAGCUCGGUUGAGAUGAGACGCUAUAACGAUUGCUUUAUUCAAUAGCACGAAAACUAGCGCGUUAACGGCUGGGCCACACACAUCGCGACACCGAAGUAUACGCGAAUACUUGGCUACACAUAUCGUGAUAACGUGAAUAUUCGGGUUAUCGUGAUGAGUGCGGCCGAGGCAUAACACGAAUAGUUACCGUGAUUAUACCGUCAUCCUUAAAUGGCGAAGGUAUUCCGUUAACCACUUGACGUCUUCUUACUUUGGUUCGUAAUUAAUUAUAUCUAUGAAAUGACUUUUUCGUAUUCGAUUCUGAAAACAACACUGCCACCAAUGUUCUACUCAGUUGUGGCUAUCACAAUGUUUUAUAAUUUCAUGUAGCAGUGACAAAACUAGAUGGACUGAAGCUUCAAUUAUUUCUACAACUUUCAAGUGCGAAUACUCGGAUUUGACAUAUUUACUUACAUGGUAAUUUAUAAACGUAGUUAAAUAAAAAUGUAUCACUUUAAUUAUUACGAUAUUUUAAUACAAUACAAUAAUUUAGUUAAUUAAUUUUAAUUGUCUUACACUGGCCAAAGGAUUUCGUACGUUGGUAUACUGUUGAUUGAAAAAUAAUCGAAAAUUUGGCAGAAGAGACCUAAAUUCUAAAACAGAAUCAUAAAACUAAACUGAUUACGAUAGAUUAUCAGUAGCAAAAAGUUAGGAAUAGGUCUUGACAGAUCUUGUCAUACAGUAAUAGGACGUGCGUGCCCGACCGAAUAUGAAUUUUUAUAUGACAAUUUAUUGAGAACAAAGAUAAUGAAUAGAUCAUUGUUACUCACUCGGACUCUUGUAUUGUUUGUUCUUCUCAAAAGACUAUUACAGACUUGGAUGAGUUUACAUUCGAAAUGCUCUACAGAUGCAUUAUUCUGAUCGGAAGCAAAGUACAAUUUUCAGUCUUCUCACUUUUGAGUAUUUUUACAGUAUUAAACGACAAACAUCUUCACUUUACUUCGAUGCUUCACGAUGCAAUGUAUACUCUUGACAACGUACAUAUUCUGCAUUAUACGAUCGCGAUAGUAAAAUCGACGAAUAUAAUGACAGCAUCCCGCAUAGUCGACAUAGGCUAGCUAGACAGAGACCAUAUCUAUUAGUCACCUAUUGUGCAUGUGAUAAGACUUGGGCUUGUUGCAUUCAUUG